AGACUAUCAAAAUUGCCUGCGUAUUGGCACGAAUGCAAUUGCAUUUCACCCUUUCUACCCGUCGAAGAAUAUGGCUCCUAGGUGGCAGAAGUUUGUUCAUCCUCAAGCUCCCGAUCCAAUCAAGGAUAAAUAUGUUCCUCACGACAGGCCCAUCUUUUCUUCGCCUUUUGGGCCUUUCCCACCGACGCCGUCUGAUUUGAAUGUACAUGAGUUCUGCUUCCCGCCCGAUGAACCGUUGGCACCGGAUUAUGAUCUUUUUGUCAACGCCGUGACCGGCGAAAAGGUCACACUCCAUCAAUUCUACGAGCGCGUUAAGUGCUUGGCUCGUGUACUGCGCUAUGAUGGGCCCAACCCCCUGGGACUGACAAAGUCGCCAAAAGAUGACACGGAGACGGGGGAAAUCUUGGGUCUUUUCUCGCGAAACCAUAUCCACUAUCCCAUGCUUGCACAUGCAUGCUUCAGGGCCGAACUUGUCUUCGGAGGAAUAAGUCCAGGAUCUACUCCGUACGAGCUGUGGCAUGUACUGAGGAAGAUGCAAAUCACGUCCUUAGUCUGCCACGAGAGUCUAUUGCCUGUGGUCGCUGAAGCGCUCAAACUGGGCAAGGGCGAAAAGGAGCAGCUGAAGCUUGUGCUUGACCCGAACAAAAUCGUUGUCCUCUCAGAUGACUCUUCCUUGAAUCAGAUCGAGGGCCAUCGCACGGUGGAAUCCCUGGUAAGGCAAGGAGCGCAGCUGCCCGAGCCUAACCGGAAACUCGUGGGCGGCAACAAGCUGUGCUAUCUGUUUCAAUCUUCGGGAACAUCUGGGUUGCCGAAGGCUAUGAUGAUAUCUCAUAGAAACGCAAUCGCAAGCGGACAACAGGGUAUGGUCACAGCGGUGCAGACCGCACGUUUCGCAGGCGUAGAGCCUCUAACGCACCAAACGAUUCUUGGAAUCAUUCCAGCUUACCAUUCGUACGGCAUGAUCUUGUGGAUUCUUCGGCUAAACAACCAGCCAUGCACGAACAUCAUGAUGCCGAAGUGGGAUUUGGAGUUUGCAUUGAAGACAAUUGAGAAGUACAAGAUCACGAUGCUACCCUUGGUUCCCCCGCUUGUUCGCCAAUUGGCACAAUCGCCGCUCACGGAGAAGUACGAUCUCUCAUCUGUGGUUAGUGCUGCAAGUGGUGCGGCAUACCUUCCUCCUGAUGUUGCCUACCAAUUGGCCGAGAAGCUGCCAAACAAGUCACCCAUUCCCUCAGGCUACGGCCUCUCCGAGGCGGCGUCAAUUGCAUCACCACCAGCUCCAGGUAUGUUUGGUCUAAAACCGUCGCUGCCUGGGACGAUUGGAUACCUUUUACCAGGCAUGGAAGCUCGCGUGGUAGAUCCUGAUACACUUCAAGACGUGCCGAAAGGCACAAAGGGCGAAUUGUGGGCGAGAGGAAAUGUUGUAUGCAUGGGCUAUUUCCACGACAAAAAGGCCACGGAGGAGAUCUUUACAGAACCUGGUUGGCUAAGAACAGGGGAUCUGGUCAUGCGUGACGCAGAAGACCGCAUUCACUAUCUCGACCGCCUGAAGGAGAUGAUUAAGGUUAAAGGCUUGCAGGUUGCUGCGACUGAGGUGGAAGACACGCUUCUGGAGCAUCCAGAGAAGCUAGUAACCGAUGCUUGCGUAGCCGGUGUUGAUAACGGAAGAGGCGACGGGAGUCUAUUCGUGAGAGCUUGGGUGGUUUUGAGUGAAGAAGGAAAGAAGCAGGGUGAAGACGUCGUGACGCGCAAGUUGAAUGAGCACGUGGAAACUAGGUUAAGUAAGCACAAGCACUUGACGGGCGGGAUUGAGUUUGUCGACGCAAUUCCAAGAACGCCUUCGGGCAAGAUGCUACGCAGAGAAAUGCGCGAUGCGUAUCACGCUAGACUCAAGGCGGAGAAAAGGAAGGCGAAAUUGUGAUCGAGUAGGAGGUGUCUU